UUUUCAAAACUUGUUGCAUCACAUAUCCUUGUUUAGUAAAACCCUCCCUCUAUAUCUCUCUCUCUCACACACACAGAAUUUCAUAAAAUCUCUUAAAUCUUUUCUUCAUGUCAUCAUUUCUAUGACUCAGAAGGCCACUUCAAGAUCCCAUUAUAGGCAUAUAACUCCCCUCUCUCUCUUCUAAUUUAUUUCAAAAAGAACAAAUCUCACAAACCCUAAUAUAUGUUGAGAGACCAAAUAGUAUCCAUGGAAAACCAAAUUCCUUACAUGAACCCAUUUUGUCAUGUUGGCUACACCAUUCAAACACACCAAAAUCCAACAUCUUCUAUUCCUAUACCCGUUCCGCCUUUUCUCGAAGAAGAAACAGAAGAAGAAGUAGAAGAAGAAGAAGAGCUAGGAGCAAUGAAGGAAAUGAUGUUCAAAAUCGCAGCGAUGCAGCCGGUAGACAUAGAUCCGUCGACAAUUCACAAGCCUAAACGACGAAACAUAAGAAUCAGCGACGAUCCACAGAGCGUAGCAGCGCGCCAUAGGAGAGAAAGAAUAAGUGAAAAGAUGAGAAUUCUUCAAAGACUUGUUCCUGGCGCUACCAAAAUGGACACUGCCUCCAUGCUCGACGAAGCGAUUCGAUACGUAAAAUUCUUGAAGAAACAGAUUAGGUUACUUCAAUCCAACGGUACUAACAUAAACAUCAACAACAAUAUUAAUCAAACCCCACCACGAAGUGCAGAUUGGCAGUCUCUUGUAGGCCAUGGAUUUACUUAUCAUGGUAAUGGAAGUGAUUAUGCUCCAGCUACGUGCUUCAGUAAUCAUGAGGUAAUAAUCAGUGAUUAGUGGGAUUAAUAUAGAGAUAAUUAAUUAAUUAUUGUUGGUUAUCCAUCAUAAUGGUUAAUAAUUAUUACAGGGAAAUGUGUUUGUGUGUAUAUGUGAGGGGAGAAAGUUGUUAGGAUGUUGUUGACUAAAGGGGGUCUGUGGAAUAAUCAUAACGGUUACGUACAAUCAUAUUAUGUAAUUAAUAAUAAUUUAAUAAAAUGCC